AUGUUCAUCAAGUUAAGUGAAAGUCAAUUUAUCUGUCCUGGCUUUGUCGAUUUGCACUGUCAUGCUCCUCAGUAUCGUCAAGCAGGGAGUGCAACAGAAGUUCCUCUUCUCGAAUGGCUCCGUAAAUUCACUUUUCCAAACGAAGCUCGAUGUUCUGAUCCUGUAUACGCUCGGGAUCUUUAUACGAAACUGGUCUCUAGAUUAUUACGCAAUGGUACGACGACAGCUCAGUAUUUUGCGACGAUAGACCUUGAAGCAACAAAAAUUCUAGCUGACAUUUGUCAAGAAAAAGGACAGCGAGCAUAUAUCGGCAAAGUAUGUGCAGACCAAAAUUCACCAGAUGUUUAUAUCGAGACGGCAGAUGAAAGUGUUCGAAAUACAGAGGAAUUUAUCAACUAUGUUCACCAUAUGCAAAAAGGAAGAGACAUUGCUGGAGCAAAUGCUUUAAUAAAUCCCGUUAUUACUCCGAGGUUUAUACCGACAUGUUCGAUAAAUUUACUUUCUCAAUUAGGACAAUUAGCGAAGAAAUACGAUGUUCACGUACAAUCACACAUUGCAGAAACAGCAGAUCAGGUUGCAUUCGUACAUGAUCUUUAUCCAAGUAUUGGUAACGGGCGAGAUGUAGCUAUAUUUCGCGAAACUGGCCUCUUGACAAACAAAGCAGUUUUUGCUCAUGGAGUUUAUUUAGCAGACAACGAAGUUGACGAAAUGGUUAUAAGUGGAAGCGCGGUAGCCAGUUGUCCAGUUGCGAACUUUCUUUUCUCCAAGGGAGUCACGGCAAUAGAACAUCUUAAAAGAAGAGGAUUAAAGAUUGGUUUGGGAACGGAUAUUGGAGGAGGAUAUUCAAGCAACAUGCUUCCUGUUGUGCGUGCUGCUGUUUUGGCAAACAGAACGAUGGAUUUUGUCUCGUUUGAUCGUUCAAAUGCUAUAUUACCAAUUUUUUCGGAGCAUAAAGAUGCUAUUAUCGAUUUUAAAUUUGCUUUCUAUUUGGCCACUCUUGGAGGUGCACAGGCUUUGAAUAUUGAUUCACAAAUUGGAAGUUUUGAAGUAGGAAAGCAAUUCGAUGCAUUACUUAUAGAUUGUAACAAGGAAAAUCAAGCGUUUGAUUAUUGGAAAGAGGAUGAAAUGAACAUUAUAUUUGAGAAAUGGGUGAAUUCCGGAGAUGAUAGAAAUAUUACUGGGGUUUGGAUUCAGGGAGUAAAAGUAGGAUGUACUUAG